AUGAGCACGUCGAGGAUGGAGAGGGCGGGACGGCGUGUGAAGGCCGGCUCGUUGAGCGGUCUGUCCGGCAGCGCAACCGGCGGGACGGGUGGCGUGCGGCGACAGCGCUCGCUCGAGUGGGGCGGCGACCGCUACAGCAGCAGCGACGACGACCGCCCGCCGCAACCGCCGCCGCUAGCAGACCGCGUUUUCGCAUCGCUGCUCGCACAAGCCACUCAACAGUUCGAUAGAGUUGACAUUAGACAAAAUAGUGGGGAGUAA